AUGCACGACCUCACUGGAAAGAUCGUGCUGAUCACUGGUCUCGGACAAAGCGCUGGUCAAGGCUGGGGUAUUGGAGCGGCAACAGCAAUCCUGAUGGCUCGUCAGGGAGCAAAGAUCUUUGGCGGAAACCGGACCAAAGCUUCUACCUUGUCGACUCAAAGCGCAAUAGAAGAGGUCGGAGGCGUCUGCGACAUCGUGGAAUGCGACGUUACGGACUCGAAUUCAGUCAAAGGGCUGGUAGAUGCAUGCAUGGCAAAGCAUGGGCGCAUUGACAUCUUGGUCAAUAACGUAGGGAGGUCAGAGCCAGGAUCGCCUGCCACAAUGUCGCCGGAAGUGUGGGAUGCGCAGGUAAACAUCAACCUCAAUAGCGUCUUCUUGCUGUGCCACUACACAUUGCCAAUCAUGGAGAAGCAGGGCAGUGGUGCUAUCGUGAGCAUCUCAAGUAUUGCAGGCAUGCGCUACAUCGGCAAACCUCAGAUCGCCUAUUCAGCAACCAAAGCCGCAAUCAUACACUUCAUGAAGACUGCAGCGAUCAUGUAUGCCGUCAAAGGCAUACGCUUGAACACGGUCGUUCCUGGAUUGAUGGAGACGCCCUACACUCAGGGACUUGCCGCAAAGUACGGUCAGGGAGAUUAUGAGAGCUUCAAGCAGAUGAGGAAUACUCAGGUCCCAAUGGGCAAGAUGGGAGAUGCUUGGGACGUCGCGAAUGCUGCGUUGUUCUUGGCCUCGGACGAAGCCAAGUACAUAACUGGACAGGAAAUUGUUGUUGACGGAGGCAUCACUUCCUCCACGGGACGGACAUAG